AUGUAUCACACAGAUACAGAUGAGGAUAAUCCUACGGAAUUAGAAGAAGUUGACGUGAAUGAUGAUUCACUUUGCUCGAAACAAGACCUAAGACUCGCUGCUAUAAAAGAACAAGGAAUACUUUUAACAGAAGAAAUUACUGAACUGUGCACUUCAUUUAGAAAUCGUUUACGACAUGGACAAGUUGUCGGUUACAUCGAUAUACUUGCAAAACUCUAUUAUGAUAUUGCCUGUGCGAAUUAUAAAUAUUACAGGAGUGAUGUUAUAAACGAUAAUUUAAUAUCAGUAAAAGCAUAUUUAGAAAAAUGCAUUGAACAAUUUGAUUCUAAAGGUGAGAUAGCUAAUCAGAUUACUAUCAUCAAAGAUGCGAAAACUUUUCUAGAUAUCGUUUGUAAGAAGUAUUCUGAAUUAACCCAAAAGACAGAAAAACGUGAGAAUGAUUUACAAAACCUUCUAAAUCAAUGUUUAAAAGCAAAUAAACGUUCAAGGUCAAAUGAAACUUCUGAUGAAAAUGUAAAUCAUUUAGGAUCAUCUAUGAGAAAAGUUUUAGCUGAAAUAAUCCAAUGUAAUCUAGAAAUUGGUUCUAUAGAUCAAGUCGAGCACUACAUAAGACAUUUAGAAAGUCUACCGACUGAUGAAAAUAAUGAAAAUAAAUUAAUUGAAUAUAAAUUAAGAAAAGAACAAUUAGUAACAAUAAAUAUAGUGAUGAAAUUUGAAACCUAUUUAUUAAAUCCACAAGAUGAUGAUGUAGAAUCUUUUGUAAUUAAGAAGCCUGAAAAUAUUUCAGAUUAUCAAACAGAACUUAAUAAAUGGAAAGAAUUAUUUACUAAAUCGAACAGUAAAUCAAUUGUACUUAUUUACAAUCCUGAAGAAAACAUUAAUCUUUGGGAAAGUUGGUUUCGUAUUACAAAAAAAGUAGGAGAAUUUUUUCAUCUACGAAUAUCUAAAGAGUCGAUUAUUAGUCAACUUUUAAAACAUGUUUAUCAUUCUAAAGUAGUUACUGGUUUUAUUACUGAACUUCUCGAUCUAUUAGCAGAGAAAAAUGUGUUUAUCAAUGUUGAUGAUAAUACGAAUCAUCUUUUUACAAAUAAUCAGUUUAAUUUGAAAAGUAAACGAGCAAAAAUGAUUUAUAUUUGUAAGUUAUUAAGAAAAGCUUAUCGAUCAAUAGGAUAUUAUCCUUUUGAACAACGUUAUGAUCGAGCUGUUUAUUAUUUUAUAGAAGAAAGACAAAGGUUUCUAAAGAAAAUUUCUUCAGCAUAUAAUAUUUAUAUCGAUUCAAUAGAUUUAAAGAAUGAACCAAUAGUAGAAGAUUUUGAGAAUAAAUUUCCAUUAAAUCUCUUUCCACUUACUCCUGGUUCGAGUAUUAAAAAAUUAAAUGAUGUUGUACAAGAGGAGAACUUUUUCUUAGACAUUCUUCCUUAUAUUGAUGCAAUCAAAGAUUUUCAGCGUUCUUGUAAUUCUUUAUUUGACAUCGAUUGGAAACUUUGUUGGAAUGAAAAUGAUAUAGAAAAUAUAUUAAAUAACAUGCGUAAAGAAAAAAUUUAUGCGAAAAAAUUUUGUUUCUUAUUAAUUCAAUGCAAUUUAUAUGUCAUAUCGAAAUUAAGUCGAGAACAUCCUCCUAUAAACAGAAAUGCGAUUGUUUUGCAGAAAAUUGAAAAUUAUUUUCAUUGUUAUUUUGUAAAAGAUAAUCAAUGGAUAAAAGAUUGCAAAACAAAGGAAUUGAUAUUUCGAAAAGUUGAAAACAUUGAUUUAGAAAAUAUACAAAUAACCGAAACACUUCGAUUGAUUAAAGAAAAUGAGUUUUCCUAUGAACAAGGUAGAACUGAAAUUGAGCACCUUGCUGUUGCAAUGAAUUUGUAUCGAUGGUAUUUUUAUGGAAAAUUAGCUUAUGGUAGCAUAUCCGAAGGUUAUGUUGAUAUGAAACCUGAAUUGAAUAGGAUAAAAAAUCAUUUGAAAGAUAUUUUGCCUGAAGAUUUACAGGGAGAAAAGAGCGAAAAACUUAUUGAUAGAGAAAAAGAAAUUGUUAAAAAUUUAUCGAAAAUUCCCAAUAUCGAUAAUGAAUAUUCGAAAGAAUAUAUCCUAAAACCGAUAUCAAAAAGUGAUUAUGAACAACAACGGUUUCUAAAAAAAGGAAUUCUUAUCUAUGAUAUUCGAAAAUUUAAUGAUGCAAAUUUAUUAAAACAACAAAUUAAAUCUGAUGUUAAUAAAAAUUUAGCUUGUGUAGUUAAAUUAACCAAUCAACAUUAUAUUUGUUUGUUUAUUGAAAGUAAAAAACCUUAUCAAUAUAACUAUGAUAUGAGAUACAUUCAUGUUCUGGAUUCUUCUUAUGAAAUCAUUGAAAAAAAGGCCUUAAGUUGGUUAACAGGAGUUAUGGAUAAAUGUGUUUAUAAACUAAGUUUAGUCGAAUGUCCGGAACAAAGAUCAAUGGCAGAAGAUAGUUUAUUACAUGCAUUUUUAAAUGCAACAGCGUGUCAAUGGGCGGUGGAUAAUCGUUGUUGGAAAGUCUUGAAAAAUAAUUUUCAUCGACAGAAGUUUUCGAGUAGAGAAAAUAUUGAAAAACUUAAGAAAUGGUUUGUGGACGAAGAUCAAAAUGAAUUUGUUUUGGAUGCGAAUGAAGAUAUUUUAUCGAAAGAUAAAGUUAUUGAGACAACUGAAAAUUUUCUUCGUUUAGUGAAACCGAUUAUUUAUCGACAUUUAAAUCCUGAUCAACCUUUAGAAUUAGAACAGAUAAAAGAAUAUGUUGAAGAUACAUCGAAGAGUUUUGCUGAUGUUCGAAACUUUAAUGAUUUGAUUGAAGCUAUUUGUCGUAUGAAUAAUAAUGAAAAUCAAGAAGAAAUAGAAAAGAAUGUUGAAGAAAUUCGAGUAGUUAAAGAUAGUCUUGAAGAAAAACGACAAGAAGAAUUAGAAUCUGAUGUUUUUGUCGAUCUUAUGUUUGAAAUUCUUAAGAAAACAUAUUUAGAUUUAUUAUUCACUUAUCAGGCAAUAGAGGAAAAUUUCGAAACUUUCGAAGAUAAAUUACAUCACGCGAUAUUGAUAAAUCUAUUGGAAAAAAAUGUUUUAGUUACGAAAAAUGAAUAUCCUGAUAGCGCUCAGAAAAUCGACGCGCUUAUUCAAGAAUUAUUUACAUCGGAAGAUGAAUAUUUAAUGCCGUAUAUAAAUUUUGUAGAAUCACUUUUAAAUUUUACAUCUGAAUUAACUGUACAAUGUGAAAAUAUUAAAAGAAGGUUAGAACAAGUCGAAGCUCAGCGUCGAAUAGCUACGAAUAAGUUCGCUAAGGCAAGUUUAGAUGUGGUUAAAAAUUUCGUUAAGAAAUUUGUUAACAUAGAAAAUUCUUUAAAGGAAUUUGAUUCAAUAUUUAAAUGCCUUUUACCUAAUUGUUAUGAAUUAUUGGAAAUGGAUGAGAUAAAUAGACUCUUAAAACUUCAUAUUUAUGAAAAACUUUCUCAUAAAAAUCAAGAUUUCGAUGAUAUUAAAAGCUGUAUUGAUACUUUAAUUGAUCAUAUUCGAAUACAUGUAUUGAUCAAAAAAUCUUUGGAAGAGAUUAAUACUCAAAAGUUAGAAGAGAUCUAUGAUUCAUUUAAUCAAUGUACAAAACCGGAGAAAAUUGAUGAAAGAGCCAUUCACUAUAUCGGAGCAUAUAUUCGAACAACGAUGAUGAUUAGAAUCGAUGAUUAUAUGAAUAGUUUAGCCAAAUUUCGACAUGAAUCGUUGAUGAGUAUUGAAAAUUUUGAAAAACAUUUACACGAAUAUCUAUUGAAUUCUAUUCAAGAAUCUAUUCGAAGUGGAAAACCUAAAACUCAAGUAGCAAAGGAAGCCUUGCCGUUUUUCAAAUGGAAAGAUUUUGAUUAUGAAAUAAGAUUAUUGGAAAUUAAAGAGCUUGUAAAAUAUUUAGCUAAUAAAAAUGAUAUAAUACCUCCUGAUGUCAUAAAUCUAUUAGCAGAGCGACUCGAUGAUACUAAUCAUAGUCAUUAUGUUUAUUUCAAAAGAGAAACUAAUGAUUUGAAAAAAAUGUUAGAUCGAUUUGGAAAAGUUGCAGAAGUUUUACCGAAAUUUAGUGAAUUAUUUCGAGAAACGUUAAAAAAUCGAUAUGAUUCUCUAUCAGACAAGGAGAUAUUUUCUGAUGGAGGUAAAAUUAAAAAAGAAAUAUUUAAUCGCCUUAAACCGAGUAUAAAAUUUGACGAUAUUGAAAAUAUUAUUAAGAGUUUUGACAAUGAAAAACUUAAUAUUUCAAACAAAUUAAAAAUAUUUGUAGUAGAUAACGAUCAAAAGGCGAGUGCUGAAAUAAGCCAAUGUUUACGGAAUUGUAUUAUGGAUACAGCAGAAGCAUAUGGAUCAAGUUUAUUAGACUUUCGUUGUCGUGCUAUGACUGCUUUCGAUCAUUUUGAAAAGAAUUUAUAUAAAUUCUUAUCGAGCUAUGAGUCAGUUAGAGAUAGAAAACGUAAUGGUUUAGAAAUGUAUUUGAAACCAUUUUCGAAUUAUGACGAUUAUUCUCAUGAUAAAUAUGAUAAUUAUUUAUUUGAAUAUAAAAGAUUUGUAAACUAUUUACGUGGAAGAUGUCAAUGCGCUGAAAAUUUAGAAGAGAUUUUUAAAGAAGCUGAACAUACUUUUAAAUGGUUUUUUAAAGAAAGACUAAAGAAUUUAAAAAUUAUGUUAAAUAGUCAUAUUAAUUGGUAUGAAAUAGAAGUAUUAAAUCAAGAAAAUUAUUUAAUUUUUCAAAUAAAAACAACUUGUGCAAUUCUUAGUGAAAUUUUACAAAUUCUUAAAGAUAAUCAUUCAAACUGUUUUUGUCCUGAUAAUGAAAUAAGGAUUAUUAAUUGUGAUAAUCUUUAUAUAGAUACUAAUUUAUCAGAUAAAAAAUAUUCUGGACUAAAUAUCGUUCUUGUAAGUCCUAAUCAGCAUUUAUUUGGCCAUAGCCCCGAUUUAAACAUUAAUACAGACGGAAAAGCCGCACAAGAUAUUUGGAAAGAUCGUCCAGCUAAAGAUGGUCAUGGAACAGAUAGUAACAGAAAUGGAAAGGAUGGAUCUGAUGGAAAACCUGGCACGAGUGCAGGACAUGUAUAUGUAGUUGCGAAUAAAUUACCUCCUAUAAAAGUCUCAGCUUGUGGUGGACAAGGAGGACGAGGACAAGAUGGAGGAAACGGAGCUCCAGGUUUAGAUGGUACAGAUGGAAAGAAUGCGGAUGAAGAGAAAGUAAGAGAUAAAUUAGAAGGGUGGUGGGUUAUUGGAGGUGCGUGGUCAUAUCGUUGUCGUCGUAUUGGUACUGAUGGCACAUCUGGUGGUUCGGGAGGAGAAGCUGGUUCAGGAGGAUAUCAUGGUGAACAAGGGAAUCCUGGAAUAGUAAAAUUAGUUGAUUUAAAUGAAGUUGUUGCGCGCGGAAAACAUGUAAAUACAGAAAGUAAAUCGGUGAGUUCCAAUGGUAAACCAGGAACACCUGGUGAAGCUGGAAAACAUGGUAGAGAUGGUUUUGAUUAUGUUGCUUUAAGUAGAAGUACACUUGCUAGACGAUCAGUGCAGGAUAAAAGAGGCCGCCUUGCUCAUAAAGAUAGAUAUUAUGAAAAUGAACGCAAAUUUGUCAAACGCUUCCCCAUGCUUUCAUUUGAGGCCCAUGAAAAUAAUCGUAGAUUUAUAGGCAAAUAUGAUGCUGAACGUUCAGAACACAGAGAUAGACACAAUCAUAGGCAUAAAGAUCAAGAAGUUGCAAAGAAAAUACAUGCUAUUAAUAAUCAACAUGUUUUUCUACAAACUGCACAUUUCUUUGAGCAAUAUUGUAACCCUGAGAAUGAAGCUACUUAUCAGCAUUGGAAUGCUUCGAGUUUAAGUAGAUUUUUAGAAAAGAUGGCUGAUUUAGAAAAUUUACCUUCACAUAAAAUAAAUAUACGACCUGAUCUUGAACAUGAUGUUCAAGAAAUUUUAAUUCUAAAAGAAAACUUUUUACACACUGUCAGUGCAGAAAAUCAACGACUUCAAGCCGAAAAACUCGAUACAAAUCAAUUGAGUAUUGGAAUUUUGUUAUUAUCACAAGAAGUAUUAAAUCAAUUUGAGAAAGGUUUACAAUUACAUCAAACUAUUUAUCAACAAUUACAAAAUGAAAUACAACGAGUAGAUGUUCAACAUUUAGCAACAGGAUUAGAAAUUCGUAGUACUGAAAUUAUAAAUUUAAGAAAUGCAAUCACUCGUAUUCUUAAUGAACAGCGUUUUAGUCAACGUCUUGCUGCAAUGCAAAGACGAUUAGAAACACUUAUAGAAAUUCCACGAGAAGAGCUUUCGAAAACCAUACUUAAUCGAAAGAAUAUUCAAGUUAUAAAAGAAAAUUUAGACAAACAAGAAUGGAAAAAAUUUGACAAUAGGUUUAUUGACGCAACAAAUUUUAAUAACGAUCUCAAUGAAAAAUCUCUUUUGAAAGUUGGUGAUGCUUCUCUAGAAAAAUUUAAAAAAAUAAUUUCUGAAACAGAAGUAAAAGAUAUCGAAUUAAAACCAAUCUCAUAUUUCAUUAAUAUUUAUUUUUAUAAUUUCCAACAGGCAAGAUUUUGUUUGACAGAUUUGAAAACUAUUAAAGAUCAACAAGAAAAAUUAGAUGAAAUUUUCUUUAAAUAUCCACUAUUAAGUGGUAAUCAUGUGUUAGAUUUAUUCAUCAAUUUUUCUAAAUCAUUAGAGAGAGAAUGGUUAAGACAUUAUUGGAUUAUAUGGACACAGAAAACUUUGACAUAUCUUCAAGAAGUUUUUUAUGAUAAUCGUAAAGAAGUUGAAACGAAUCUGCGAAAUAUUUUGCAAACAAUAAAAACAGCUAAUCAUUUUCAACUUGAACAAAUUGACUUUGCACAAAAAUCGUCGUUUAUAUUAAAAGGAUUUUCGUACUACGAUUUUGACAAGGAUUUAUACAAACAAAAUCGAUCUGAAUUGAUUAAAUCUAUUAAUGAUUUUCAUGAGAAUAGUAAUCAAGAUAAUUUAGUUAAAGUUUUUAUGACUUUUUCGGAAUCUUCGUUCUUUAGUCUUAGUGAAGCUAAUUCAUUACAGAAUUUAUUAAUGAAUAAAGUACAAUUGGAUCUUAUCUAUGAUUUUCUUCAAACUAUUCUACAUAAUGUAAUUGUAAUGAACAUAAUCGGAAAAAUUUCUGAGAAAUUAAUCAGUUGUAUAGAAAAGAUAGAAGAAGUUCUUGUUCAAAAUCCACGAUCAUAUUUAUAUGAUAUUUUUCUUAAUUUUUCGAUUUAUAUCGAAGGGUUAAGAAUAAAAAGUUCUCUGACUGAUGAACAAAGGAAAACUCUAGAUGAAAUAUAUAAAUCAAAUGACUUAGAACGAUUGCAAGCUUUUCGUUUAUCGAAACCUUUUCAAAAGAGAAUUAUUAAGUUCACAAUUGAACAAGAAAUAGAUGCUUUUAAUACAUUAUAUGAUCCAACAUUAGUAGAAAACUUCUUGAUACAUAUUUCUGAUCAGAUUAAUAGUCCAACUAAAGUUUCUAAAGUCAUAAAAUUUGUUGAAUGGAUAACAAAAAGUGUCUAUUUUUUCGAAUAUAAGAUUGUAGAAAAUAUCUUUCAAAUUGUAAACGAAAUUUUAAAGAAAACAAUUGAUAAGAAUUUACUUGAUUCCUUUUCAUUCUUACGAAUUGUCUUUGAUUCUCGAAUAACAAGAGUUAAAAUUGAAAAACGAGAAGAAGAUAUUAAAUCAACUUUAGAAAAUAGAAAAACAAUAUUAAAUGAUAUCACAUUGAAUUUAGAUGAAAUAAAUACUUCAUUUAAUACAAGAAUAGAAGAAAAUAUUGAAAAAGUCCUUGAAUUUUAUGGUAAUUUACUAAGUUUCAUAGAUCGUACAAAACUUGAUGAGUUCGGAGGUCUCUUAGAAGAUAAAUUAAAUCAAAUAGCAACGAACUAUGCAACUUUACAAAAAAACCUAUCGAAAACACCUGUAAUCGAUGAAAUGAAAAGGCUUUUAAAUAGUCAUAAAGCAAAUAUUUCAUCAAGAGCAUCCGAACAAAAUGAAACAGUAAUACUUAUCGAUCAGUUUCCUACUAAAAUACAAACCGCGAUUAAUAUUAUCGAACAACAAAUAAAUCUUAUCAAUAAACAAAAGAGUGAAAACAAAAUGUUUGAUCAUAAACAAAUUAUUUUAAAAAUUCUUGAAGAUUUAUUUUCUAACUUUGCAAAUCUUAAUGACAACUUUUGCCAAUUUUUAACCGAAAGAUUAAUGACAAUUUAUACUCCACCAAAUGAUUCAUUAUUUAACACGAACACUUCUCAUGAAAAACUUGUGCAACAAUCGAAAUUUUGUCUUUUUAUGAGUAAAAUCACAGAAAAUAUAGGAGAAAAACUACUCACUCAUUUAGAACAAAACCUUAAAAUUAAAGAAUCAGUAAUGGAACAAAUUGAAAGGUUCGCAAAUCAAUCUGGAGAAAAUGUUUUAGAUGAUUUAGUGUUACCAUUUCUACAUAUCUUAAAUCUAUGCGAAUUAAGUCCUAGAGAAAAAGUGAAUGACAUUCUUCAGUACAUCAAUUCAGAGUCCACAAAUAUUAACCAAUCAAAUCAAUUAUUAGAGUUAAGAAAAAACGUUUUGUACAAAUUGAUUAAUUAUUAUCCACUUUUUGAAAUUGGCCUUAGUUCGAUCAGUAAAUAUAUGCGGAAGUUUAAUUACAUUGAGAUAAAAAUUGAAGAUAAUAUUACAUAUUUUGAAUUUAUAUUAAGUUUUCUAUACCAAGAACGACAAGAAAAAACCGGAAUCCUUCCAGACAUUUACGGUCGAUUUUAUGAAUAUUGUAAAGCAAAUGGAGAGAACGAGACUCUUCAGUUUACAAAUUUUGCAAGAUUAAUGAGAAUUAUUAGUUGUACUCAUCGAGACUAUCAACAAGCUAGAGGACCUAAUUUAGUUCAUGCAUUGUUUCAAGUUACUUUAGUUCAUGUUUUACUUGAACCAGAAAAUCCAUUAGGACCUCUUAAAAAUGAAUUUAUCGAUGCUUUAUAUUGGUUUUUUCAAGCACUUUCUGAUUACGAAUCGUUAGAAAAGACGACUGAUAUAAACAUUGAAAUAAAUUACAUUGUUACACUCAAUCAAAUGUGUGAAAGACUCGAUAAAUUAUGUAAGGAUACAACAAAGAAGAAUAUCAAUGAAUAUACAUACUUGAAACGAUCAUUAGUGACUAUUUGCAAGGAAAUGAUUAUGAGUAGUGUAGUGAAAUAUAUAACAAGUCUAUUCGAACAAAAUAAAACUGCAGGAUGGUUAGAAGUUGUGAUUUAUUUUCCUGAAUUAUUCGAAGAAUGUUAUAAUCAAUUUUUUGAUGAAAUUGAAAACUAUCGAAAGUCUUCUAAUAUCGAUAAUAUUCAAGAUUUUAUAUAUGAAAGAAUUAAGUCUGUACAAGUUGAAAAAUUAAAUAAAUUGUAUCCUUUAAUUAAUAGAGAAAAGGUUCCGAUACCAAUUUUUUUUAAAAUAUUUGAUGGAUACUUAGAACCGGGUGAUGAAAAACCUUCUAUUGAGAAAAAAACUCCAUGUGAUGUUAUUAAUUUUAAUACAUUACUUGGUAAAAUUAUUGAUAGAAUUGAAAUCGAAGGAGAUUUAGUUAUAGAUGAUGAUACAUUUCAAAAAGUUUUACAAUGUAUUCAUUGUUUUAAGUAUAUACCUGUAGCUAUGGAGAAAUUAUCAUCUACAUCUCAAAUAGAUUGGUUAAGAACUUUGUUAAUCGAACAUAUUAUUGAAAAAUAUAAACUAAUCUUUCCCGAAGAAAAUAACUUUGAAAAUCUUCGUUGUAUGUUAAUGAGAAUCAAUGAAAAAGUUUUAUUAUUGUUUAAUAAUGUAUUUAUAAAAGAAUAUAUUGAUCGAAUUUAUCAAGGAAUGGUUAAAAAUUCGAAUAGUUCUUUACCAGAUUAUCAAAAAUUGACUAAAGAUAAGUUUAUUAGUAUAGUUAAUCUAAUGGGAAAAGUGAGUGGAUCAAAACAACUGUUAGAUCAAUUAGCUGAUGCUUCGUUAGCAGUUUGGGAUACGAUACUUUAUGAAGUAGAAUUUUCUCAAAUAUUUAAUAGAGAAAUGUCGAAAGCUGGUGUUAAUUUAGGCGAAGUUGGUGUUGAAAAAGCUUUACUGUUCCUUAAUCGUAUUAGAAUUCAAUUAGGUAUUGAAAAUUAUGGAAGUUUUUUAGAAUUUUUUCAACGAAUUGCAGAUAAAAUCAAUAAAGCAAAAACAAAACCUAUUCAACAUUUAAGUAAAUUAUUAGAAGCUCUUUAUUAUAAGAAAAUAUCUUUUGAAAAAGCCCAUGAAAUUGUAAUAAAUUCCGAUUACAUUCAAUGGUCGGAGAAAAUUAAAGAAAUUGAAUCUGUGAAAUUUACUAUUAAAAAUCAAACCGACCGUCCCGCAAGAGAAAUAAUUGAUCAAAUGAAAAGUGAACAAAAUAAUAAAAAAAACGUCAUAUCAAAAAAUCUUCUUGAAAGAAUUGCUCAACAAGCAAGUCGAAUUCGAGAACUAGCUUUAAAUAAAAGAAUAGACGAAGGUGAUGAAAAAUCUAAAAUCGGCGAAGAAAUUCAAAGUAUUUUUAAUCUCGAAUCAUAUCAAGAUAAACCUUCGGAAUAUGUUUAUUCAAAUUUAGAGGAUAUUGUUUCAUUAUUGAUCUAUUCUUGGUCUGUUGCUAAUAAAACACAGUUUCCUAAAGAUACACAAAUAGUUGCUUUAUUACUUUUUAUUCAUAGUUAUAAAAAAGGUCUUCUUGAACAAAUUCGUACUGGUGAAGGUAAAACUCUUAUUGUAGGAAUAACAGCUGCUUUUUUUGCAUUAUGUGGUUAUGCAGUUGAUGUUGUAUCAAGUAAUCGAGAUUUAGCUAUUGAAGGAGAACAAAAAUGUCGUUCAUUUUUUGAAUUAUUAAAACUUGAAAGUGGUCAUAUUUGUAGUGAAGAUGAUGAAGUUAAUCAUCAAGCGUAUAGACCUGAUUUAAGUACAUGUCAAGGUAAUAUUGUCUAUGGCGAAGUUGGAGCAUUUCAAAGAGAUAUAUUAGAAGAAGAAUUUAAUAAUAAGAAAAUAUUUGGUAAAAGAUAUGAAAAAAGAAGGAAAUGUUUAAUUGUUGAUGAAGUUGAUAAUAUGUGUUUAGAUCGCGCGAGACAUGUUCUUUAUCUUUCACAUGAAAUUGAAAGUUUAAAAUGGCUUGAAACAUUAUUUAUUAAUAUUUGGGCUAUUGUAAUUACAACAGAAAUAAAACAUGCAAAUGAUAUUGAUAAAAAUAUUGAAGAAAUAUCGAAAUUUAUACUAAAAUGUGUAGAAAAUAAGAACAUCUAUGUACCGGAAUAUUUACAUAAGUUUGUUAAGUAUAAAGUAAAACGUUGGGUUGAUAGUGCAUUUCAAGCAAAAAUAAUGAGAGAAGAUGAUCAUUUUGUAUUAGAUAUACCGAAAAGUGAAGGACAAUAUGCUCAAAAACAGAAGGUAAUUAUUGUUCUUGAUAAAGAUACAGGAGUUGAACAAUAUUCAACACGAUGGAGUCAUGGUUUAGCACAAUUUUUAGAACUAAAAUACCGACGAAAAUUAUCUGUUGAAAGUUUAAAAGCAGUUUUUAUUUCAAAUAAGGCAUUUUUUCAAAGAUAUAAAGAACAUCUUUAUGGAUUAACAGGAACAUUAGGAUCAGAAAAUUCUCAAAGUUUUCUAUUUGAUUUGUAUAAUGUACAAUUUUCCGAUUUACCAACAUCGAAAAAGAAAUGUUAUAUACAACUUCCUAGUAGAGUUGCAUUUGAAUAUAGCGAUUGGCUUGAUUUAAUUGCUAAACAAACAAUUGAAAUCGCUGAAAAACGACCUGUUUUAAUUAUUUGUGAAAAUGUUGAAGCAACCGAACAAAUUUGGAAUGAACUUAUUCGUAAUAGAGUUCCGCCUCAUACCAUAGAAAAGUAUCGAAGAGAUGGUGAUAAUAUUGAAGAAAGAUUUCAAAAAUCACCAGCAACAGCUGGUGAUAUAAUUAUAGCAACAAAUAAAGGAGGACGAGGUACCGAUAUUCAUGUAGAUCAAGUAGUAAAUGAUGAAGGAGGAUUACAUGUUAUUUUAAGUUAUUUACCAGAAAAUGUUCGAGUAGAAGAACAAGCAUUUGGACGUACAGCGAGAAAUGGAGCUGCUGGUACUGGACAGUUUAUUAUAGAAAUAGAUAAGUCGAUUUAUGGUGAAAUGUAUGAACUUGAUCAGUAUCCGACUGAUCAAGGGAAGUUAAAGUUAGAAGAAUUAUCCGAUGUUAUUUUAGAACGAGAAAAGAUUAAUCGAGAUAAUAAAGAAGCAGCUCGAUUAUCUGAAUUGAAACAAUCAAGUAUACUUCGUCUUGAGGUUGAAGAAGACCUUUUCGAAAAGUUUAAUGGGUUUAAGAAAAAAAUUUCAGAGGAAAUAUUUCAACCAUUAUUAAAUAAAGAAUUAGAAAAAUUGAAAGAAAAAUUUCAGUUAAGUCCUGCAGUGUCUCAAGAAGAAUUAGAAAAAGAUUUUAAAGAAAAAUUAGAAAAGCCAAGAGAAAAGAUUGCUGAAGGUUUAGAACGUAUUUUGAAAGAUCGUUGGGCAUUUUGGUUAGAUGAAGCGAAAGAAGAUAUAGAUGCGAUUAAAACUUCUCAAGAAAAGAAUACUUUAUUAAAGAAAUUUGAUGAAAAAUUUGUUAAUACAAUUACAAAUCUAUUAAAAGGUUCAGAUUUUGAUAAUUUAAUAAAGAAAUUUAUUGAAAAACCAGAAGAAGCAAUUCGAUUAGGAAAUUUUCUUCUUUCCGAACAUAAAUUUCUAUUAGAAAAUGCAUAUUCAAUGGCUAAAAAAUGUUUCGAAAAAGCUAUUGAAUGUGGAGAUAUUUCAGGUUUUUCAUAUAUUGGAUUAACAUUUACAAUAAUUAAUCUUAAGCAAAAUAAAGAAACGAUUAAAAAACAAUCGAGAAAAGAAUUAAAAAAAGCCCAGCGUUGUUUAGAACUGAUUAAACAAAAUCUAAUGGCGAAUCUUAAAAUCGCAGAAAUUCUUCCUCAAUCAGCUACGAGUGAUAUUCGUACAAAAAUAUCUUCAAAAGAAAAUCUCUAUGAAGAUCAAGUACGAGGAAAAUUAGAAGUUAUUGGAUUACAAUUACAUUAUUUAAACAAAAUUAUUGGAUCAACAGUUGAACCAAGUGAUUUUGUUCUUCAUACACAAGAAGAGGACAAGUUCAAAAAAGAAAAUAAUGAAAAAGGAGAAAAACUUUAUAAUUUAUUAGUAGAAAAGAACCUCAUUCAAAACGAUCAACUAAGAAAAUCAUUUAAAAACGAUUUCAAUAAAUUAAAAAUUAUUAUCCAAGAGAAUCUUGAUCCUUCGAUUUCCGAUGAAAUUAUUGAGUUAUUAAAGAAUAAAGAUGAUCUUAAUAAGAAAGAUUUUGAAAAUAUUGCUUGUUAUAAUGAUGAAUUAUGGAAAGUUUUAAAUGUUCGAAAUGCUGAAAAUAUUUUUAUAUUAAAUAUAGAACGAGUUCAAGGAGGAUUACCGAAUGAAUAUGAAAAUAUAUGGAAAGAUUUAGCAAAUCAAAUCAAUCCUACCGAAGUUAAUAUGGAAGUAUUUAACUCAUCUUCAGAAAAGAAUAAAUUGAAAGAUUAUUUAAUAAAAAAGAAACUAUUAGUUGAAACACAACGAGUUAAGAUUAAUGACUUAGAUUUAGAUCGUUUAAAUUUUCAAGGAAGAUAUACGAAAUAUGAAAAGAUCGUAUUUAAUUCAAAUGGUCAUGAAAAAGGAGAUUUGAAAACAUUUUUACAAGAAUUAAAAACACAAAUUUGUAAUGACGGAGGUCAAUACUUAUAUAAAACAUUUUUACCAUUUGGAACACAGGAAGAAGAAGGAAAUAAAAUUCGAGUACUUUUAAAAGAGAAAAAUAUAAUAAAAUCAGGAGGACUUGCUUCUAAUAAAUAUGGUAAUAAUAAAGAUAAGAUUUCUGAAAUUUUAGAUAAAAUAUUAGCAAAUACUAACUAUAUGAAUGAUAAAGACACAAUCCUCUCGCUUAUUUUAAGUUUACAAGGAGAUAUUCGUUCAUCUGAAAAAGAUUUAAAAGCAAAUUUGAAAGAUUUUCUAGAGCUUGAAGAUCAGGAAAAUGUUCCAAUGGAACUAAGAUUUUUCCGAGGACUCGGUCUUGAUAAAUUUCUAAUCAUUCAAGAAGAUAAAUCAUGGUGGGAUUGGCGCGCUUUUGCUGUUGCAAUGAUUGGACUUGCACAAGUUAUUGGAGGAGCAGUUUUAAUAUCAUUCGGUUGCGUCAAUAUAGGAAGUGCGCUUAUUGCUGAAGGUAUAUCUGAUAUGAUUUAUGCAACUAUGGCAGGAUUAACUGGUACAUUUAGUUGGAAAGAUUGGGCUAUACAAAAAGCAAUAAGUUUUACCAUUUCUUUAGUAACUGCGGGUAUAGGAAAAUUAGCAUCUUUAGGCUCGGUUGCAUCAAAGGCAGGUUCAUUAUCUAAAGCAGCAAUUUUCGCACAGGCAAUUAAACAAGCUGCUUAUACUUUUGCAACUACGUGUGCAACUAAUAUUUUAACAGAUAAAGUAAUGCAAGAGAUUCAAAAUGGUGUUAUCGAUAAGAUUGUUAAGGGUAUAGAAGAAAAUCUUUUAAAGGGUGUACAUAACGAAAUAAAUAAAAAAGUCAAUGAGAUUUAUGUUGCUAGCGGAGAUGAUCAAGAAUUUGAAAAAAAAUUUAAAACAAUGUCUGAUAGUAUUGGAUUAGCAUUAGGUGAAAAUCUAAUAUUAACACAACAGUUUGCUAAUAUUCAAACACAAGUUGUAUCUGCAUUAAAACAAAGUUAUGAUCGUUUUGGAGAUGCUUUACUUAAAUCGAGUUCAAAAUAUGCUAAAUUAGUGGGUGCGAGCGUUAAAUCAGUUGUUUUAAUUGAUAAGCUUUGGAAUACAAUUCAACCCAUUUUAAAAUUAACUGUAAUCAUAAGUACUUUAAAUAAUGUGAUUAAUAAUUCUAUAAAAGCAGAAAAUGCUAAAAGAAAUCACCAGAGUGAAUAUAUAACAAAAGUAUUAAUAAUAGAAUUAACAAGAUUAGUAAGAAAAGUAAUGAGUGCAGCAGUAAAUCAAAUAGCAAAAGGAGCAUCGUAUCUUGUUAAGACAUUAACCGAAUCGGAAUUCAAUGGAAAGAAUCCUAUUGAUGCAUUGAGAAAAUCGAAUCAAGAUGAAAAAGAUGAACGCAAAAGCCAAGUUUCUGUAGAACAACCUUCAUUAAAUAGUGAUUCGAAAAAAGAAAAAUUAGAUCAAGAAAGAAGAGAAAAUCUACAGAACAAUAUAGUAGAUCCGAAAGAAAUGAUGAAAAAUUAUGUUGAUGGCAUUAAAGAUAAAGAUCGACCUAUGGGUCUUGCUGAAGCAAAAAUGCUUGCCGAGAAAGAUAUGAGAAAAAUAGUUAUGUAUGAUGAAGUUAAUAAAGAAAAAAUUGUCGUCAGUCCUUCAGGAUGGAAAAAGAUACCUGCGUUUUUUAAACAGUCAGCAAAAAUAAAUUAUAUAGCCGGUGAAGAUGGAAAUUUUGGGCAUUUCGUAAAUGCUAGAGGACCUGGAAGAUAUGUUCAGGUAGCUGGACGUAAUGAUUGCUUAUUAAUCGCUUACAAAGAAUCACUUGGCUAUACGGUAAGCACAGACAUGAUCGAUAAAGAUCGAGAAGCAUUGUAUCAAUAUACAGCUCGACAUAUUGAUAAAUAUACAAGAAUCCGAACUGAACUUGAUACAAGUAAACAUAGUUCGAUAAUAGGUGGUGGUGCCGCACCAAAAAAACGAAAUCUUUUUGGAAAAAAUGAAACUCCAAUAGAAGGAGAUAGAAAACGUGAUCCGUCAUUAAAAAGUGAUGGAACUUAUAGAACUAAAGGACAUGAAAAGGAACGUUUAGGAAGUGAAUUUGGUGUUAAAGUUAGUGGUAAAACACAUCAAUUCGAACAUCCUGUUCCUUGGCAAACAUCAGCCGAGGAAGCUGAUCCUAAGCUCGAUCGAAGAUGUGGCGUUGGCGGUCAACUUGAACGUGCCGGGUCAGCUUAUGCUGAAGUUAAACAAGCGCAUCGAGAUCAUGUAGGUACAGGUGGCAGUGAUGCUGCUUCAAAGUUCUCAAAAUCUUUAGGAGUCGCUUUACGCGAAGACAAAAACGUUAGUAAUGCAGCCCAAAUGAGUUUGGUAGAAUAUGCUCAUACACCUAGCUAUGUCAAUAGUAUAGGAACUAUAGAAAAUGAAAUAGCCAAUGAUUCGUAUGUACACAUGGUAAUGAGUGCAGAUUCCGUGCCACUUGUGAAGGGUGAAUCAUGGACUAGGAUACCUUUUGAUAUCGAACAGAAGAAAGAAUGUAUUGUAGCACGAUGGAUUACAGUUAAUGGACGUUAUCCAAGCGGAAAUGAUGAAAUAAAGCAAAUCGUAGAUCCAAUCUUCAAAAAAUAUAAUCAUAAACUGUAA